AUGGAAAACGAAAAUUUAAGUACUUAUUUCUUGGAUUUUACUUUAGGUCUGUGGACAAAUGAUGUUAAAAUAGGAUUUGUUGAAAGAUUUUUUCCUACUGGUUUACUAGUAUCUCAUGCUUAUAAUAGUUAUAUAUUUAUUACUGAUGAAAUUGAGUAUACAGUCGCUACUGGUUAUAACGAAUCUGAUGGUAUUGUAGAAAAGCUUGAUGAUUAUACUAUCUACGAUGCUCUACAAAAUGCAGCUGAAGCAUGGUCAAUGGUUUUUGAUAUAGAAAUUGAUGAGCUUGAUAUGUUACUUCUUCAACUUCCAGAAAAAGAUCUUAACGCGUAUAAAUAUAUACAUAUUGAGGAUGAAAUGCCAGAGGGAGAAAAUAUGGACGAAAUUGAAUUUAUACCUAUAUUGGAAAAAGUUAGUCCAACAGAAGCUAAAAAAUUUAUAAGUGAAACUAUGAGAUUUUUAUAUAAACAAGAACGCGAAUUUAGUGAAAUUAGCGAAGAAUUAAAG